UUCCAUGGACUGAUAGGAUACACCUUUGGAUGUCAGAAUUUUCACAUUUUCAAACAAGCAAGCACUAGGAAAGCUUCCUUUUGUGUUUACAAGGUCAAAAAAGAAAAGGAAGUGCACAAAUUAGGUGCAAUCCUGUCUAAGGAACAUCCAUAAUUGAAAGUUGCAAAUACUUAAUCGUAAGCAUUAUAUGAGAAAAUAAUCGUCCGUCCUAGGGGAGCCAGCCUGCAAUAUGGUCAAUCUACACAGUGCUAAAUUUUGGUUGGUUACUCUUUACACCUGACUAAUAAUGGGAGGGCACAAGAAUUAUUCACCUCCACCUUAUAUUCCUCUAGAUCAGUCAGAUGCAGAAGUGCAACAAGUUUCUACUGUGGAAGAAAAUCAACAGAGCAAAAAAGAUGACCAUGCUCAGUGGAGUUCUGGAAUUUGUGCUUGCUUUGAUGAUCCACAGAGCUGUUUUAUUGGACUUCUUUGCCCUUGCUUUCUUUUUGGAAAAAAUGCGGACUUCUUGGGGUCAGGAACCUUGAUGGGAUCAUGUACAACUCACUUUAUUUUGUGGGCGCUUUUCAACACAAUUUGCUGCUUCUUAACCGAAGGCAUUCUUCUGGGUUUGCCUGGGUGCUUUGUUGCAUGUUAUGCCUGUGGCUAUCGAAAGACAUUGAGAUCAAAGUACAAUCUUCAGGAAGCACCUUGUGGAGACUUCGCCACACACUUUUUCUGCCACUUGUGUGCCAUAUGCCAGGAGUACCGAGAGAUCCGUGAAAGAUCUGGAGAUUCGAACUCAUCUGAUCUUAGCUUAGUGGCAGUGACAGCCCCUCAAGUUCAGAAAAUGGAAACUCCUCCUGCAAACGAAUAGAUAUUCUGUUUCUACUGACCGAAAGAUCCUUUUGCAAUGCUUCCCUUUUCCAUUAACUAGUCCUCUUUGCAUUCUUUUAUUUUUGGUUUUUAUCGUCCACGUCUAGUAUAGGUUUCUGCACUAUAUAUAUCUCUUGUAAUAUCUUGGUGUUAUUAAGGUGAGUACUAGUUGACUGCUCACACUGUAUGCUCUCUGGUUGGGUUGGUAUAUACACAAGAAGCUGCUAUGGCAUCUGUUUGGUAGAAAGAAGGUUUUAUGAGAACUUACCUUAAAUUAUUACAUAACUUAUUUGGUUGGAA